CUCUGAGGUGUCGGGAGGUGUGUGUGUUGUUGUCCUCCUCUCUUGAGGUACAUCUGUGAUUGACUGUGAUUUAGUAUUCCCUCCCACAAGUACUGGAUACACAUAGUGGCGGCGAGGGUGUAGGGUGUACCGGAGCAGCCAAGGAUGAGGAUGUGUGACUCUGGCAGUUGAGGUAGAGCCGGGAGCCAUGCAGGAAUGGUUGGUAAUAUGCCGCUGUGGAUAAAACAUUGACAGGCGGGUCCAGGAGCUGAGUCUCGACCACAGCAACCACAAUUAGGGAUGGUGGGACAUUCGUGUGAGGUGUGGCAGCAGACACAACUCAAGCACUUCUUACCUACCCGAAGAUGAGGUACUCCGAGAUGCCGCGAGACGUAUCCUGCGACAGCCUCGCUGCUCUCCGUAUCAAUGAGUUUUAUAGGUAGUCGGCAACUCUGCAAUCAACUCCAUUCAAGAAGUUGAUUCCGUUUAGGUAUGGAGCUCCUUAAAAAGUCUCGUGCCAGAAAAUGGUGCUGAGAGGAAUGCCUGCAUCAUUUGUAUAUUUGCCUCUCUUAAAUAUAUUGGAGAAAAAAGUGUGAUGGACAGUGAUGAUGACGAGGAGCGCAGCAGUGGUUGUGGGGGUGGUAGGGGAAUGGCUAUGCCAAUGUGUGCUCGUGGCACCUCUCCCCCUUCUUCUGUUUACCGCAAGGUAGUUCAAGAGUCAAGUUACGAUUCACAUGACAACAUGAAGGCACUUACUAAGGCUGCAUAUAGCUAUGGAACUCUUCCCAGGAUUCAUAGUCAUAAAUCUGCCAGUUUGCCAGCCAGAGGGAAGGAUUCUGACAAUCCACCAGUGCUGGAUCUCUUGCGUGUUGUGCCAGAAGAUCUUGCAACACAGAUAACACGCAUGGACUUUCCAGUUUUCAAAUCCAUCACCCCAGAAGAACUGACCUCUUGUGGCUGGACGAAAAAGGAUAAACUAAAAUCUGCUCCCAACGUUGUAGAAUUUACCCGCAGAUUUAACCAUGUGAGUUUCUGGGUAGUGCGAGAAAUUUUGAAUGCUGGAGGUAUUAAACACCGGGCAGAAAUGAUGGGACAUUUCGUUAAGGUUGCAAAGAAGCUCAAUGAACUCCAUAAUUUCCAUUCUCAGUUUGCUAUUGUUAGUGCCCUGCAGUCUGCACCUAUAUAUAGAUUAAAUAAGACCUGGGCAGCCCUCUCUCGAAAGGAGCGGCAAAACUUUGAGCGCAUGACAGAGCUCUUCAGUGACAAGAACAACUGGGAGCAACUACGCAGUCAUGUUAAUAGUCUCAAACUCCCCAUGAUUCCUUACCUGGGUCUCUUCCUAACUGACUUGGUCUACAUUGAUAUGGCACACCCUCAUUUUGGGGGCUUGGAGUCUGAACAGCGACAAUUAAAAAUGAACAAUAUUCUUCGGAUAUUAGCAGAUUACCAACAGUCAGAUUACUCGGCACUCCCUCAUCUACAGCAUGUCCAAGCGUACUUAGCAUCAGUUAGAUACAUUGAGGAGCUGCAAAAGUUUGUCGAAGAUGAUCAUUACAAGUUGUCCCUUCAGCUGGAGCCAAACACCCCAAGCAGCAGUCACAGUACCAGUAAAGACAGUGUUGCUGAUGCUGCCGGAGGUAUCAGCUCUCUCAAUGUUUCCCCAUCUGCUCGCUUGGGCGUGGGAAGACCUCCAGCUCCACCACCCACGUAUUCGUGCCCAACUCAUGGCCAGCAAGCAAAAUUUGUUCCCACUCAUCGUAAAGCUCGCAGUUUAGGAACCAAAUUUCGGAGUAUGAGUCUCCCACGCAAUCUCCAUCGCUCCGAACCCCAGACUCAGGGGGCAGACCGCUUCGGCAUAUUCAAAGGUUGCUCUGGCACUAAUGAAGGAAUGCGCUGUGACUCUGUGAAUAGUCUAGGAAGUCAUGAACCUGGUUGUCCAUCAGCUCAGGGAUCACAAGGAUCAAGACAUUUGCUCGAUGAUUCUGAAUUGGAUCCACCACAGCCAGGCCACCAUGAAUGCACAUCACCGCCUCACACACUCACACGCACAUGGUCAGGUCUGUCUUCAGACUCUGAUACUGAAGUUGUGUUUGAAGUGAGUGGAGAAGAGUGUGGGGUACAGGGACCUCUAAGACGCAAGACUGUCAUCAAGGAUGGACGUAGACCAGCUGUAGCUGCAUGGCAUAGAUAUUGGGUCCAGUUGUGGGGUGGUGCAUUAGUGUAUUAUCACCCUAAAAGCCUCACAUCUCGAGGUCAGGAGCGAGCAGACUUCAAAACUUCUCCGUGCAAACUCCAGCCUCUCAUUGGACCAGGAGGGAAGCUGGUUCUUGUUGGUCCCCACGAUGCACAAUCCCAGCCUGAUGUGUUCCAGCUCUCGGACCCAGCGAAGGCUACGAUAUACAAGUUUCGGGCUCCAUCAGUGUCUGCAGCAAAGUCCUGGAUUACAAACUUACAACAAGCUCUCUCAGAAAAUAUACAAAGACCACCUGAAAUGCUUGAAAAUCUUAUGACAUUUGAAUAACUUAGAAGUGGUAGUGUGUUCAAAUAAUAAGAUUAGUAUUUCUUGAUUUGGGUCCAUUUGGAGACUCUUCAAAAAAAGAUUAAUAAUAACUGACCAAGUAAGAAGCUCAACAUUUUAAUAACAUUCUUAAGGUAAUGUAAUGCACUGUAAUGUGAAGCAGUGUAUAGUUCAUAAAGAAAAUAUUUAUGUAGGAUGACGUAAUUUUAAUGGGAAAAAUAAUAAAGCUAAAUAUUACAAAAAGGAGGUUCCUUAAAAGUCAGAAAAAAAGGAUAUUUAAAAAACUUGUAAAGACUUACUUUUUCUUUAUUAAGAAAAAUGGUGAAAUUAUCAUGAUUCAGUUGAUAAAAACAUACAUGUGAUGAAAUACAUUUCAUGCUUUAAUGCGAGGUGUGGAAGGAGUGACGUUAUAUAUUGUGUAUGCCACAGUUCUUGCCUUUAUCAGUGGUUCCAAAUGUAUAAAUUUUUGUGAGGAUCAAGAAAUUCUUUCCCGGUCAGCAGUGACCUUGUCUGUUACUCAUUCCAGUCUCUUAGCAGCUUGUAUUUCCCACAUUUCUGACCUCUGUUUCUUUUAUCUAGGUACACAAAUUGACUCCUAGUCAGAAGAGGAGCUGAACAUAUUUAAUGUAUAUACGUACACUAGUGACCUAUUUAACAGGCCCCUGUCAGUUAAUAAUGAAUUUCUAAUACAGUAUUUGAAUUGUUCCUGAGGCAAAUAUUGUUUUGGAUUGUGGCCUCUUCUCCAUACUGUAGAGGGUAGUAGCCCAAAAUAUCAUGAUUAGAUAAACAAAUCUAGUCUUUAUAAAGCAGUCUCUUCUGCCAAAGGAUGUACAGUAGGUUGAUUAAUAAGAUAUUUACCAUAUAAAAAUAUGCGAAUAGCAAUGCAAAAGCUUGAAGAUUUGGAAGUGCUUAAAGUUUAAAAUUGUUUGAUAUGCUUGUGCUUUACAUUUGCAUAUAGUUUGCUAUUUAUUGGGAGUUAAUUGAAUAUGUAACUGAAUCCUGAUUGAUUAAUAAGAAUUAACGAAAACUUUCAACUAUGAUGCGGGUGUGGCAUUCACGAAAGUUUAAGCUUCUACUGUCCAUGGAAUAUAUUGUAAUAUUUAUAGACAAUAUUAAUAAUUGAAGAUUGAGACACUUAUGCAGCAUAUGGGAAUCUUUAUUCAGGAAACGUUUCGCCACACAGUGGCUUCAUCAGUC